AUGUGUUCGAUAUAUGACGAUGAUUGCUUUGAUAAUGCAUUGACGGGUGGUAUAAUUGCUGCUAUUGUGAUUGGUGCAGUAGGUGGUUUAGCUUGCCUUAUUGGUAUUAUUGUUGCCAUUGUUUGUGUUGUCAAGCAUAGCAAUCGUCGACCUGUUGGAGGUACUGUUAUUCUACAACCAGGACAAUAUCCGGCCGGUGGUUAUCCUCCUCCUCAAAAUAAUGGUUAUUCAACAACUGGUAACUAUCAGAUGCCCGCUCCAACAUCUCAUUCACAAGCACCACCAACCACAACGACCGGUUAUGGAAACACACAACAUCUAUGA